UGUAAUUAUAUUUCUAACCGCAAUAUCACUGCAUUUUUUAUAUUCAAUGAGACACUCUUAUAUCCAAAGAAGCGAAAAACUAUGGUUCAUGAAGGAAAUAUUUUGGUUUCUUUUUGAAACGUUGAUCCGUCAAGGUGCUAAAAUAAAUCACGUCAGAAGUAGUACUACAAGAAUUAUCAUUGGUACAUGGUUAUUAAUAACAGUAGUUCUUAUAUCAGGAUAUUGUGGAGUUUUGUUUUCUUACAUGACUCAUACUGUGUACGAAACUGUGCCUACAACUAUUCAAGAACUUGCAACUUCUGUGAGGAAAGGAGAAUAUUCCUGUGGAAUUAUGGCUGAUACUACCGUUGAUAAGUAUCUUUUGGAUACGAAAGAAGAAUCGGUAAAAACUAUAGCAGAUUAUAUCAGAAAAAAUCCGGAUAAGUGUUACUCUGAUAUAGAUUCCGCCAUGCAACAUGUAUUAGACACAAAGUAUGCUUAUUUCGCACCUAAAAGUAUAUUGGAAUCGUUGGCAAGAAUAAGAGGAGAAGAUCGAUUUGCAUUUUCUAAAGAUUCUUUAGUCAACUUUAUGGUAGCAUAUCCCAUGAAGAAACGGUUCGAACUUAGAAAUGAAUUAAAUAAAAUAAUAGGAUGGAUAAGAGACACUGGCAUUUAUAAGAAGUUGGAGAAAGAUGUUAUGCCACAGUCUACAAAACAGAUCUCUAAAGAUACUUUUCAUCCUUUUUCCAUUGAAGAUAUUUUAAGAAAUAACUGUGGUCAUCAGGUUAAAGGUUUUAUAGGGCCCAAAAUGCUCAAAAUAUCUUUUAAUGUUAAGGAUGUAAUAUUUUUCGAAAAAUUAUUUUGUCUCUUUAUUCUACUUAACGUAUAUAGUUUGAAAUUUGGAAUAUCAUGCGAAAGUGAAGUACAUAGAAACUUAGUCAAAGUAAGAAUCACAGCCCUACCAUUCUCUCCUUACGUUGAAGUUCGUAAAAGAAACAAUGAUAUAAUUUUUCAUGGACCUAAUUUUAAUCUCUGGAACAUUGUUAUUCAGAAUUUCAAAAAUGUCAAAUAUGAAGUCGUUCAACCUAUUGAAAAAGUGUUUGGCAUUGAUUUAGGAAAUGGAUCAUGGAACGGUCUGAUUGGAAGAGUGCAGAAAAAAGAUGUUGAUCUUAGCAUUAAUUCUGUGUGUGUUACAUACAAGAGGCUACAAGCAAUAGAUUUCACAAUUCCUAUUCAGACAGAGAGAACAGUAUUUAUUGUUACUGCUCCACAACGAGUUUCGGAUAUAACGGCAAUAAGUAGACCUUAUUCACUUAAGGUUUGGAUUUGUAUGUUGGUUUCUCUCUUUAUGACUGGGAUAUGCAUAUUUUUUAUUUCUGUCACACGAAAGUUAUGUUUUCGUGAAAGUAGAAAUUCAUGGACAAGGAAACGUAUCUUCUGGUUCCUCGAAAGUCCAUAUAACAUUUUAAGCGAUUAUAUAAGAAAACAUCCGGAGAAGAAUUUUCCUACUUUUGAAGAAGGAAUUCAUUAUACAUUACAACAUAAAUAUGCAUAUGUUACAACUGAAUCCUUUUUGGCAUCAAUAGAUAGGACCAAACUAAGAAGAGUAAUCGAUGCUGGCAUCUAUGAGAAAUUAAUACAGAAUUUUGAAGAAUCACGCAUUAAUUCUGCUGAAACUUUUCAUCCACUUGCUAUUGAUGAUAUCGUGGGCGCUUUUGCACUAUUAAUUACUGGUUUUACCAUUUCUACGGUAUUUUUGUUUGCUGAAUUACUGUUCAAACUACUUCAAAUUAUAUAUGAAAAGAGACAUUUUAAAAAUUGA